AAACCGUGUGCUGCCUGCCCCGGAAACCCGAACCCAACCCGCAUCACCCCCGCUGUAUAAAAUACCCACGCCUUUCAUGCAAUCUUACUUAAAUCUCACUUGGGUCAAAUACUCCAGAGAACGAGAUGUGUAGAUCGACUGACUACCACGGAUUUCAACCGAGGAGAGACCGGUUGAAGAUUCGGGCUUUCUUUCUGCGGUUUUCGGGUCUGAAUACCCGGGCACCGAUACCCGAAUCCCUCACUCUUUCGUUUCUUCCUCGGAUUAACGAGAACGAGCUAGAGAUCGACGGGCCAAAGAUCCGGCCCGAUACGGCGGCGUCCGCCCUCUGGGUCGUGAAUGCCAAGGUGAAGGACGGGGAAGUGAUAUUCGGGUCCCGAGAGCGGGUCGAGGCCGGCGAUGGGAUCCGGUUCGAGGUUUAUCUGAGGGAAGAGAAGGUGCUGAAGGGAACUUUCAGGAAAGAUGAGGGGCAAGAGUGGAAAUUGGAGUGUAAGUGCGCGCUGGAGAGCGAGAGCGUCGCGACGGAGAUAGCUGAGGCGCAGGUCUCCGUGGCAGUGGAGGGACACGUGGCGAUGAUUGAGAGCGUGAGCAUGGUGGUUAAAAAAACAAAAACGCACCGGAACUGCGGGUUUAAGCGGCUGGAGGAGAUUCCUGAGGAGGGAAAGGUGGAUUAUGAAUCGGACGGCUGUUGUUGUAAAUGUGGAUCGGAUGGUGGAGAUUCGGAGGUGGGUGGUGACGUGGACGGAGAGGAUGAGGAGUUGGAGGUAGAUAUGGAAGGAGUGAGAUGGGCCGUCGAUGUGGGUAUUUGGGUCAUGUGUUUAGGCGUGGGCUACUUUGUUUCCAAAGCCUCUGCCAAAACAUUAAGACGCAGAAGAUUAUUUUAAGCCCAAUGGGUUUUUGGGUAAUUUCAAAUCUUGAAAUUUUGACACGUUGUUGAGAGUUCAAUGGUAAAGACCCAAAAGAAGUAAAGGUCAUAAUGAUUUCAAUGAA